AUGAACAGCAAGGUCGCUGCCAAUAACAAUAAUGGCUUCGUUAGCAAAAGCAAAAGUGAAAGCACCAUGGAGUCAUCAUCGUCGCCACUUCAGAUUUUGAGUGCAAGCUCGUCCAUGUUUGAUUACCUCAAAGGAAUGAUGGAAUGUGGGACGAUGGAUGGAGAUGCUGGUGAUGCUUUUGAGGUGACCUAUGAUGGAAAGGAAGAAACGAUUGUACAUUCGCAGCGCCAUGAACGUCCUGAGACCAGCAAAAAGAAUAAGAAAAAGAGACGCAGUUCCAAAACGAAACGAUCUCCCCAAAACCGCAAGGAAGUUUCCAAGACUCAUGAAUACAUCCAUGUGGAUGAAAUGACCGAUGAUGAAAUUGCCGAGUCAUGGUAUACCAAUGAAGAUAUUAAGAAGUUUCGCAAGCAAAAGAAGGAAGAACGAAGGAUGCGGAAGCGUCUAAUUCAGAUGGAACGGUUGCAGCGUAAUGAAGGAACUGACGAAUUUAGCGACGGUGAAUCAUCGACCUAUACAAGUGAGUCGGACUCGGAUUCAUACAAAAAGGCUGUCAGCUGGGGAAAUAGUUUCCAAAAUGAUAGUGUUGGCGCAGGCAGUGAGAGUGAGGUUUCAGACCAAGAAGGAGAAACAACGACCGAGUCUCGAGGAGUUGUCAAGCCAGUGCUGAAGAAGAGCCAAUCCGAUGACAAGACCCUGCUUGCCAAUGGAAUGGCCUAUCGUAGAGAAAAGACGGCACAACGCACCACCAUGGAGCAACGCCGACUAGCAGCCAUGCACAAGGCCUUUUACCGCUCUGGGAUCCUCUUUCGGGCGGAUCCAAACCGCAUGGAACGGUUCUUUCAUCUGUCGAAUCAAUAUGACGAAAGUGAUGAAAUAACCUUUUUCGAAGAAGAAGGCGACAAGGAAAAAGAACGACAGGAGCAAAAAGACAUCGUGAACGCCCCAGUCGCAGUCCGACAAGACCUGAUCGACACCGAAAAGGAUGAAUCCAAAGUUAAAGUUAUAGCUGAUCCAUCACCGACGCCAGAGGAACCGGAGGAGCCAGAAGUUGUCGUUCUCAAGGAGUAUGAGUCUACUUCGGAAAUCAGAAAGGAUAUUACUGUCCAGAAGGAUUAUUCAAACGACGAAGAAGAAAAAUCGGAAUUGCACUAUCCUUCUCCUGAAGCUCGGCAAGAAGUCUACGGAACACCUUUUACCAGCGAUGCCAACAAAUCAACAUCGCCAAUCGCCAACAUGGAAUUGAUACUAUCCCUACAGCCAAAUCAAAAUCAACAUCGAAAGCAGCCGAAAUACAAACAGAAGGCUCCAUUCGCAACUCCCGAUUCAUUUUCAUUCCCAUCCUACCCGGCACUCUACGACAAUCCUUCCAAUAAUGAUGAUUACUUUGAAUACCGUAUGGAGGAAGUCUUGGAGGAGCAUCAGCGCAGUUCCGAGCUACCAGAACUGUCCAAAAAGUAUCAAACCUUUCGAAAGAAGCUAUUGGGUGUUGUCAAGUCAGUCAAGACCUACCAGAAGGCCAUUUCUCAAAUGGAACAAGCGAGAUCAGCGUGUCUAGACGAAUGUUCCAAUUUGAUUCAAGAACCUUCCACAGGCAAGGUACGACCGGGAACCUUUCAGUUUGCCGUCGAAAAGUCGCCCAUUACCAAGCUGAAAGAGCUUGCCGAGAUGGAACAAGAGAAUCGUGCCAAGGAGUUUCAAGAAUGUGUCCUAGACUAUGCCACGCGCUGGGAAGACAGCGUGACGCAACGAGUUGACAAGGAACUGAAGCAAGUGAAGAAACUUCAACAGAGUCGAUCCCACUACGAAAAGAAGGUCGACAGCCUCCGUAAGAAGUGUACUGCCCUGGACACUAAGGGCAAAGACAUUCCAGCCGAUUUGUUGGUCAAGCUAGAACGCAACGAAAUCAAACUGAAGGAUGCCCUGGAGGUUCACGAGUGGAAUGCAAGUCGAUUGUGCGCACUGAUCGAACAAGUGACACAAUAUGGAUGGAAAGAUUUGCUGCCACUCGUUUCCAAUUUGAUGAAGUAUGAAUUCAACCGAUCGGGCGGUGAACUGGCCAUGUACGGAAAGUUUCCAUUGGUCAUGGAAUCGUUUCAACAACCCUUUCUUCAAAUCGAGGAAGAAGGAAAGAUAUCGGAUCUGGAUUAA